GGGUGGGGUCGGGUCGGGCUCAGAGUGUGCCAGGUGGGAAGCGCAGGUGUGCGUGGGUGGCAGGGCGCGGCUGCAGCGUCCCCUGGUCUGUCAGGACGGCCCGGGCGGGGGCCUGCUGGACAUGCAGGCCCGGGGGACUGGGGAAUGAGUGAGUGCUCAAAGCCGCAGGGGCUGAAAAGAGGAGAGGUUCCCAGAUGAGCAAGAGGGUCCUGCGAAGGGAGCGGGACCAGAAGUCCAGGCUGGCCGGCUCUAGAGAAACAACAGUGCUGGCCUAGGCAGGGGAGGACCUGUGUGGCCGCCCAUGGGGUCCGGUGAAAGCUCCCUCCAGCAGCCCCGGGAUGAAGGCGUGCUCAUUGGCGCCCUUUCUGGGAGGGGAGCAGGAAAAGAAAAGAAACGUCUUGAGAGGGAGCUGGACACCCUCAGGCGGGUUAGCCUCUGAAUUACCGAGUUCUGCGGUCCAAACAGUUCCCUUUGGAGUUGUUAACAGAUGGGCAGUGCAAACGCAGGGUCAGGGGCUUAGAGCCCAGGCCUAGACCUGCACCCCAGGCCACCCACUUGCUGGCUGUGUGACCUGAAGCUUGUUGCUUAACCACUCUGUGCUUCCGUUUUCUUGCCAGCAAUAUGCGGGUUGUAAUACUUCUGGUGUGACGUUCAUACCUGUCACACACUUGGACUUUUUGGUAAAUGUCAGCCCUCAACCUUUGAUGAUUUUAGAGCAACAGCCUGGAGCUGUGUGUAUUGAUCCUUUUCCUGAAUUCAGAGAAAGAAUAACAGUUUCAGUUUGUGAGAAUUUGGCCAGCUGCCUCCCCCAGGGCUCCUCCCACCCGACCCAACCCCGUCUGGUACUGGGUGGAUUGGAGAGGCGCUUAGUGCAUCAGUUCAGAAAGAUCUUCCCUCCUUCUCCCAUUGAGUUCUUAGUGUGACUCAGUUAAAGACGCCAGGAACCUGACUGUUGUCCCCAGAGUGGGGGUGGGCCCAUCCCAGCCUGUUAGGUGGCACAGAAGUCCUCAGGCCACCUGAGAGCCCCAGAGGCACUCGAGAGUGGUUCCACCUGGGGAGGAGUCUCGUGUUUGGCCCAGGGGUUCACAUGCCUUCACGCUCACUCAGCAGCAGCACCUGCUGCUGAUUGUUCCCUGAGACCCGUGCACGCGACGCUCCCGGGGGGCUGCCCAGGCCCGCCCGUGCCCACGCUGAGUGCUGCAGGGCACACGCGUGUCCCUGGCGGCUCCACCCGGGGCCCUCGGUGGGGCUCCUGGGCCCGUGUCAGGUAGCAGCAGGCGCUUUGUCAGCGGGCACUCUACUUGGGCUCGAGGCCCCGUGGGUGGUCACUGCUGGCUCUCCUGUGUGUCCAGCUGCUCUCGGGAUUGGGUUUUACAUCCAGGCACUCCCCGGCCGAGUCCCUGCACAGGCUUCCCUCCCCUGGUCAUUCAGAAUCUGGACCUCCUGCUCCCAGAACUGCCUCUAAGGGCCCGGGGCCACCCCAAGACAGCUGAUGGGUGCUGGGUAGCCAGGCCCUCGCCCCUGACCAGACUGGAUGAGGGGGUGGGUGGCCCAUCUCUCGAAGCUUCGGGGGAACCCCAUACCGUGAGGGCCAGCAGUGUCCGUGCGGAAGGCCAAAUCCACGCUGUGCUGCACCCCUCGGCGUCGGGAGCCCCGGGGGGCCCUUCCUGCUGCUGCUGUUGGCCGCUGGGCGCGGCCUCAGCCGAGUGGCCACAGCCUGGCAUGGCCGCCCUGCUGCCACCCCGCCCACCAUGCAGCCCUGGGCCGGGGGCCAGGGCGAGCUGCAGGCCAGGUGGGCAAGGUGUCCGCUGUCCUUUGUUGGAGCGGCUCAGUGGUCACGGGGCUUCUGACCUCCCGGGUGCCCAUAGGAUCCACCACUCGCCUUCCCGCUCUCUCCAGAUCCCCACGGAGACGCGCUCAGGGGGGAGCGUACGCCAGGGAGUGCAGCGUGGGCCCAGCACCCGCGCCCCAGAGGGGGAGGCCGGCACGUCGGAACUCGUUUCCCAGGGCAGUUGCCCGUCUCUGGUUGUCCCUGCUGAAGAAAUGGAUUUGGAUCGGCUCGACCUGAAUCCCAGAAUCAUCGCUGCAGUUAAGAAAGCCAAACUCAGAUCAGUCAAAGAGGUCCUGCAUUUUUCUGGGCCAGAUCUGCAGAGACGGACCCACCUCUCUAGCCCUGACGUGCGGCUCCUGCUGAGGGCGGCUGCCUUGCUCCUGCGGGGACACAGCAUGUGCACAGCGCUGCGCCUGCUCCGGCAGGAGGGGCCGUUCCCCGAGCAGUGCCAGCGCCUGAGCCUGGGCUGCCCCGUGCUGGACGUGCUGCUCCGCGGCGGGCUGCCCCUGGACGGCAUCACCGAGUUGGCCGGACGCAGCUCGGCUGGGAAGACCCAGCUGGCCUUGCAGCUCUGCCUGGCAGUGCAGCUCCCGCGGUGCCACGGAGGCCUAGGGGCUGGGGCGGUGUACGUGUGCACAGAGGACGCCUUCCCCAGCCGCCGUCUGCAGCAGCUCAUCGCCCAACAGCAGCGCCUGCGGGCAGACGUCCCGGCGGACGUGAUCUCCAAGAUCAAGUUCGGCCACCAGAUCUUCAUCGAGCAUGCGGCCGACGUGGACACCCUGCUGCAGUGCGUGAGCGAGAAGGUGCCGGUGCUGCUGGCACGGGGCAUGGCCCGCCUGGUGGUCAUCGACUCCGUGGCAGCCCCCUUCCGCUCUGAGUUCGACAGGGCAGCCCUGGCCCUCAGGGCCCAGCGUCUGCUGGCACUGGGGGCUGAACUGCGGCGGCUGAGCUGCACCUUCCGGAGCCCCGUGCUGUGCGUCAACCAGGUGACGGAGGCCAUAGAGGAGCAGGACUCGGUGGCCGGGCCGCCAGGGACGUCCCCAGCCCUGGGGAUAACCUGGGCCAACCAGCUGCUCGUGAGGCUGCUGGCCGACCGGCAGCUCCCUGAGGAGGUGCCUCUCGCCCCGCCUGGCCGCACGCUCAGGGUGGUCUUUGCCCCCCAUCUGCCACCCUCAUCCUGCUCCUACACGAUCACCGCCGAGGGCGUGCGGGGUACACCUGGGACUGUGUGCAGCUGACCGCAGGGUCCAGGACCCCCCUCGGAGUGGGGAGCUGCCCCUGCUGCCGAAGCCGGCUCGGCCCGUCUGCGGAAACCCCCUCUGGGCCCAUGAGGACUCGUCUCCAAGGGCAGCCGGUCCAGUGUGCUGCAGUGGCUGGGGCCUCGGCCCUGGCCUUGUUGGGGGCAGGGGGUCCACUCCGGCAGGAACUCCUGCCCAGACGCACCUGCCUCCCCCACGACGGCCGGCGCUUCUGCUUGGAACACGGUCCUCUGCUCAGCCUGGCCACAACCAUCCGGUUUGGAAGCACGAGGCCCCACAUUCACCGAGGACACGCUGGCCCAGUUCUGGAAGGGCUGAGUCACCUUCGCCACGCCUCUGCCCACCUCCGCCAGGCAACCGGCCCAGCGGCUGCGGACGAACGCACACCGGGUGAAGGCGCCCGCCGCCCCGGGCCCUCCACAGCACUGGCUCUCUGCUGGGACUCCCUCACCUGACGGCCACCCUCUCACUCCUCUGCUCGCAGCGUGCAGGCCGACCCCUGCCCCGACACGGGCCGCCCCUCAGGGUUACGGCUGGGCCACCAGCCCUGGCCAUCAGCACUGUUGUGUGUUUUUCUAGGACAGGACGAUCCAUUUCCAGCUUUCAUCAUGUUUUCAAAGUAGCCUGUGACCCUAAAAGGCCGAGUGGCUAGUGUUAAAAUACGAAAAGCUGCUUUCAGGGUUGGAGUUUCACAGAAGAGCCUUUCUGCAAAGUACAGGGACUUUACAACAGGAAAUAAAAGUUUUUGUAAUUAACUAUGAA